AGUAGGUCAGCCAUGUAGUGGCGAGGAAGACGGUUAAAGGAAGCCGGUAUUGCACAAUGAGGUGCAAAGGACUUGGUGAUCUGUACGCCAACCCGGCACGGAACUAGCGGGGUCCGCCACACAUCAACAGCCCCCCAACACAGCAUGAGUGGUCAGCCCCGUCCGUCGCCUCUCCACCUCUCGUCUCUGCUCUCACGAAUCUCCUUUGCCUGGGCCAAUGGACUUAUCACAAAGGGAGAAAAGAAGGUGCUGCGUGAAGAUGAUGUCAGCGACGUCUCAGAAGAAGACCAGUGCAGCAGCAUCGACAGCGUUGUGGAAACAUCAUGGUCAAAGGAGAAAAGACACAGCCGCUCCCCAUCCCUGGUCUGGGCCCUGGUCAGGUCGUUCAGCUGGAUGUUUCUGUUUGCUCAGUGCUGCCGUCUCAUACAAUUCGCAUGUACCGUGAAUGCUCCGCUUAUUUUACGCCAACUCAUCACCUACAUUGACGCUGGAUCCACGGGACAGGGGCGUGGUCUCGGUCUCAUCGUGGCCUUCUUCCUAAACCAGAUCGGGUUCAGCAUCUUCAUUGAGCACUCCUUUGAUGGCUCCAGUCGCCUCGGACGCAGUGUCAGAACAGCCAUGUACUCUGCUAUCUUUAAGAAGAGUCUGUCGAUGUCCAACAAAGCUCGACAGAAGUAUUCCCUGGGCGAACUCACCACUCUGAUGUCAGUCAAUGCUUGCCAGCGGUGGUCAUAUUCUCUAUCGCCUGUUCAACCUGCUCGGUGUGGCGGCCGUGUUUGCCUGGCGGUGAUGUUGGUGCUCAUCCCGACCAACCUGCUGAUGACGGACAGAGCGGAGAUCAUUGACAAGGAGAGGAUGAAGAAGACGGAGCAGAGGAUGAAGCUGCUCACAGAGGUCCUCAACGGUAUCAAGGUUGUGAAGCUGAAUGCAUGGGAGCGGUGUUUCGGGCAGAGGGUGAUGUCGGCUAGAGAGGACGAACUUGGCGUCCUGAGACGGUUCUACACAGCCUCGGCCCUCUUCAGCUUCUCCUGGACAGUCGUGCCGUAUCUGAUGUCCGUGGUAACGUUUGCCGCCUAUGUGUACCUGACCGGGGACAUGCUGGACGCCCAAACCGCCUUUCUCGUCGUCUCCUACCUCAACAUUCUCAAAUACAGCUUGAACGAGACGUCGCUUGUGUUCCUGUUCUUCCUGAAGAUCAACCUCCAUCUCAGUCGGAUUCGAACCUUUCUCCUUUGA